CAUCGCUUCAUUUCACAACGUUAAAAUUCCAUCGUAGCAGACCCAACUUUGUGCGCACAUUGAGUAGCAGAAAUGGCGAAAAGGGAAACAAUAGUGCACUGGUUUCGCAAAGGAUUGCGAACGCACGAUAAUCCUGCCCUCUCGGUAGCCGUGGACAGGGUAAGAGAAAACCCGAACAAGUACUUCUUGCGGCCAAUAUUUGUGCUCGAUCCCGGUAUACGCAAGUGGUUGCGAGUAGGACCGAAUCGCUGGCGAUUCCUGCAGCAAACGCUUGCCAAUCUCGACGAAAACUUGAGAUCAAUAAACUCAAGGCUUUACGUUGUCCGUGGGAAUCCAAUAGAGGUGUUUCCCAAAUUGUUUGAGGAAUGGAACGUUUCUCUGUUGACCUACGAGUAUGAUAUCGAACCUUACGCGGUUAAGCGUGAUAAAACCGUCGAAGAACAAGCGACCAAACAUAACGUUGAGGUGCACGUAGCAAAAUCUCACACCAUUUUUGAUCCCGAGCUCAUUCUGAAGCGCAACGGAGGCAAACCUCCACUUACGUACCAAAAGUAUGCAUCGGUAGCGUCGGCAUUAAAAAUCCCCGAAGCAGUUCCUGUACCACAAAAGCUUCCCGCAAGUUGCGGCCACCCGGAGACGGAUAAGCAGGAACGUCAGAAUCCAUCCUGCUACGAUGCGCCAACGCUUGACGAACUGGGAGUAGCGGAAAAUGAGCUGGGAGAAUGUAAAUUCCCUGGCGGUGAAACAGAAGCCCUGCGUCGAAUGGAAAAGUGUUUAGCUCGGAAGGCAUGGAUUUGUAGCUUCGAAAAGCCGAAUACCUCACCGAAUUCGUUAGAACCAUCGACGACGGUGCUGAGUCCGUACCUGAAGUUCGGUUGCUUGAGCGCGCGUCUUUUCUACAACCGGAUAUCGGACACCAUCAAGGGGCAGAAGCACUCGCAACCACCCGUCUCCCUUAUUGGGCAGAUGAUGUGGCGCGAGUUUUAUUACUGUGCCGCAGCGGGAACACCGAACUUCGACAAGAUGGUAGGGAACAACGUGUGUCUACAGAUCGAUUGGGACACCAAUCAAAAGUUUUUGGAUGCGUGGACACACGGCCGCACCGGUUACCCGUUUAUCGAUGCUUGCAUGCGUCAGUUACGCCAGGAAGGCUGGAUUCAUCAUCUUGCCCGGCAUGCCGUGGCUUGCUUCCUAACCCGGGGAGACCUUUGGCUUUCCUGGGAGGAAGGACAGCGAGUGUUCGAAGAGCUGCUGCUCGAUGCUGACUGGGCACUAAACGCCGGCAACUGGAUGUGGCUGUCGGCUUCCGCGUUCUUCCAUCAGUUCUUCCGCGUGUACAGUCCGGUAGUGUUCGGGAAGAAAACGGAUCCGGAGGGAAAGUUCAUCAGGAAGUACGUGCCGGAAGUAGCUCGCUUCCCGGCUGGUAUCAUCUACGAGCCGUGGAAAGCAAAUAUCGAAACGCAGAAGAAGCUCGGUUGUAUCAUUGGAAAGGAUUACCCGGAUCGGAUCGUGGUACACGAGGAAAUUUCUAAGGUGAACAUUCAACGUAUGUCCGCUGCAUAUAAAAGGAAUAAGGGGCUCAAGGAGGAGGUAACCGGUGACAAGAGCAGCCCCGCCCAGAACAAAUCGACGAACAAACGAGGCUCAACUGCUUCUUCGUCGUCCAAGUCUUCACCGAAAGCAAAACCGGCACCUAAAAGGCAAAAGUUGGAAAAUACUAUUAAGAAAUUUUUGAGUAAAAAAUAAGUUUACUCUUAUUGAGGAUGCUUUCCGUCUACAAUAAUGCCAGAACAAAGUAAACAACAAAUUAAUGCAAAGAUUUUUCUACAAAAGGUCUCCAAGAAUGUCCUUGUGUUAUUGUGUACUGGUCAAGUAACAACAAAUCGGCCUACUUAUGCCAGGGACUGACAUAAUGUAAGGAUGGAGUUCUUAAAAUCUUCCCCAGAUACUGCCACUUAAUACUCGUUAUGGGUUUUUAUCAUUUAAACUCUCAGGAAGGAACCUCAGUAUUUAUACACAUUAGUAUUACUGUUUUGUUACACAUCUUUCUUGAAUUUGUCAAUAAAGAAAUCUCUUUCG